AUGGACAAAAUCAUCUUCUAUGAGGACAAGAACUUCUCUGGACGCCAUUUCGAGUGCAGCCAUGACUGUGCCAACCUGACGUGUGAACUGACCCACUGUAACUCCAUCCGUGUGGAGAGCGGCAGCUUCAUGAUCUAUGAAAAACCAGACUUCACUGGAAACCAGUACUUCCUGAAGAAAGGAGACUAUCCUGACUUCAGCACCUGGACUGGAGUCAAUGACUCUGUCAGCUCCUGUCGACAAAUCUGUGCGCAUUCUGGCUCGUUCAACAUGCGACUCUAUGAGCGGAUCGAGUUUGGUGGUCAGAUGAUGGACCUGAUGGAGGACUGUCCCAGUGUCAUGGACCGCUUCCACGUCAGUGACAUCUUCUCCUGCAACGUCACUGAAGGCAACUGGCUCUUCUAUGAGCACCCCAACUACCGGGGCAGGAUGUACCUGAUCAGACCUGGAGAGUACAAGAGGUUUAGCGAGUGGGGUGGCAGGAGCGCCAGGGUCGGCUCCAUCAGACGAAUCAUGGAGUAUUGA